AUGAUUGAUUCAAGUGCCCAACAUCAACAAACAUCAUCAUAUCAACAACAACAACAACAACGUACACAAUAUUCACCAGUCAUCAAUUUGGAUGAAAAUUUAGAUGCAUUAUUUAUAUGUGAAUCCUUUGGUGGUAAUCCAUCACCAACAAUACACUGGUAUUGGAAUAAUCGGCGAUUAGAUACAUCGAUGACCAGUAGUACUACAAUAUUUGAAUGGAAAAAUUUUACAUUAAAACCAUCAUCACCGAUAAUGCCAUCAUCAAAAACAAAACCAAUACAGAUUAAACCGGAUGAUUCACGAUUCAAUGUGAUCAAUAUUGGUCUUGCUAAUAAUAAUCGUACUAUUUAUGAACGAAUUAUUUAUCGAUCAUCAUCAUCAUUAUCAUCAUCAUUGAAUGGUACAACAACAAAAUCACAAACAUCCUACGGUAAUAAUUCCAAUCGUAUAUUAUUAAGUAUGUUAUGGAUACGUCAUAUUGAACGUAUUGAUCAAGGUACAAUCAUUCGUUGUCAAUCAACAAAUUCACCACAAGUGCCACAAUCAAAAUCAUUAAAUAAAUUGUUUAAAAUUAAUGUUAAUUUAAAUCCAACAAAAGCACAGAUUGUUGAUGUAAGACGUGAUGGUAUGACUAUUGGUAGUAUGGUACAUGCAACAUGUCUUACAUGGGGUUCAAAACCACCAGCUAAAAUAUUCUGGUUUAUACAUGAUCGGCCAUUAUUAGAUGUUAAUGAAAUAAUAUUUGAUACAAAUAUGACAACUAAAUCAAUGGUACAUUUUCAAUUAAAAUCUAUUGAUAAUGGUCGUCAAUUAAUUUGUUUGGCAUUACGUCCAUCAUCGAAUUUAUUUGAUUUUGAAUCUGGAACUUUUGAACAACAACAACAGCAACAA